AUGGCCAAUACCAAAUCAUUUCGUGGAUAUACUGGCUUAGGAAAUGAACGAACGGCUGCGAAGGCUGACGAAAGAGAAACCUUCUGGGCUGGAUUGCACGAAAUUCAGGACAGUUCCGAGCUCCCUGUUUGGUAUAAUCUUGUGGGGCCUAAUCAGUGGCCAGCAGAAACCUCAGCGGUUGGCUUUCGCAAGUGCGUGGAAGCAUACUUGGCAGAAAUCGACCAUCUUUCGGAGAGGUUCACAGGCCUGGUUGCUGAAGCGCUAGACACGGAUCCCUCGGUCUUCGCCAAUUUCUUUAAGAAGCCAUGUAUGAGCGGUAUGAAAAUCGCGGCAUACCCUGCACCAGACGCUUCACAAGGCACCAAAACCGAGUUUCAAGGGGUUGGACCUCAUAAGGAUGGCUCGUUCUUGACCUAUCUACUCCAAGGAACGGAACAUUCCAGCCUCGAAGUACAGAACAAAUCGGGCGAAUGGAUCCCAGCACCCCCAGUACCAGGCACAUUAGUGAUAAAUAUCGGUCGCUCGUUGGAGGCUCUGACUCAAGGCGUGUGUGUUGCAACUACUCACCGAGUCAACCUAACGAGCGAACAAUAUUCAGGACGACAGUCGGGUGGUGGGCAGCUUGGUGCACGGCUUAGCUUCCCUUUCUUCCAGAUGUUUGGCUUUGAUGUGACAGAGGAAGAUAUCAAAUUAGACAUUCCUGAUCACAUCACCAGGCUGCGUGAUGAAAGUGUCCGGUCUGAUGCUGAGUCAUUCUUCGGGGAUCUCUUCAAAACUGUCAUUGGAGAGGCCUUCAUGAUCAACGCGCUGACGAGCCAUCCGGAGGUGGGCAAACGAUGGUAUCCUGAAGCCCUGACUGAAGCCCUGAAAAAGCAGGAAGAGGGGAAGAAAUUGGACAAUGUGAAAGCUCAGACCGCUGAAUGUGUUGUAUAG